UGGUCGCUCUCGGAUUCCGUAGCCGCACAACACAAGUGUUUCUGUAACGACCUUCUCGUCGACCACCACCAGGGAAACCACCAGGGAAUCCACAGCGACCGCAAAACGUCACACUUGGCCUAAGCAGAAUGCACCAUGAUAUGUGACCACCAUGCCAAAUACUGGGCCAGAUGCGGCCCUCAGCAUUGCUUUAUGGAUUCCAAUAGUUAAUGGACCACAGACGAUGAUUGCUGCAUCAGGGAUAAAAUUGCCCCUUGAGACUCAACUCUGGCUGCAGUGUCUCUGUUGUGCAAUGAGCGGGCAGACAUCAAGAAACUGGCUCACGAUGGCUCAAAUUCCUCUGCGUGGUGGACUUUGGAGAGCAUGGACGUACCUCUGAUGAACCAGAUCAACCUGUGGAGCGGCAGCACUGUUGAGGGUGGUUCUGCAGUUGUAGACAAGGACACUGGACGAUAUCGGAUGAUAUAUAUAUCUUGAAGACAUGUUGAAAAAGAUUUGUCUUCUCAACGACUUCAAAAUAACAUUUAAAAUGUCAGUAUGGCCAAGUAAUGUUUUUUUUAAUUUUUUUAUGGCUACUCCGAUUUUGUACUUUUUAAAUUCCUUUUCUAUUUUUUCCUCUGAUAUUGUUGUAUAAUAUUAUAUGUAAAAGAGAGACCAGACAAUACUUUAUACAUAUGUUUUCUAUUUCAAUAAAAGGUCAAUAAUAAAUCACAACAUGUUUAACCUUUAGUUUUCAUUUUUCAAUAAUGUGCCAAAUAUAUUCAGCUGUGCCUCAUGGAUUCAAGCUGCUGUACGAGCUGACUGAUACAUCUGAGAUCUAAUGUUAGAUACCAUGAAAUAAGAUUAUCCUUUGUUUUUGUUUCCACAAAGCCUACCUGACCACAAAAAAUGUGAUGGAUUUUUUUUUGCAUAUUAAAGACAAAACUAUGAAUACAACAAAUAAAUGACAUUUAAAUGAUCAAGUAUAUUGAAUUUAAAGACCUUUAAUUGUUCUUCUAUCCACUAGAAUCUAAAUAACCAGUAAUAAGGGAUUCAAAUAUUUUGUCAAUCCUAUAGGAGUAGCCUGAUAUAUUCAUUACAGUUUAAAUGGGGACAGUGCAGAGAUAAUAAGCGAUCGCCUCCUUUAAUAGUAGGCCUUAAUAAAUCUUGUUAAGUGUAUGUGUGUUUUUCAGCCUGUAUUUCACAGGGUGUCUUGCCUGUAACAGACUGUGUGUGUGUUUCCUCCUGGCAGGAAGAGAAGGACAGGAAGCCCAGGCGAGAUUUAUGUCGGCGGUGAAAAAAAAAAAAAAAUCAUCUCACAGCUGAGCUCUCGCAUCUUUCCCUUUAAAGAAGAGCAGAGAUGAGUCUCUGGGAAACAGAGGUUGUGUGUGCUCGUCGGGCUUUUUUUUUGUGUUUUUUCGGUUUCACAAUUGUGUCUAGUUUGAUUUGAUUAGAUCAUGAAGAAACAGCUUUUGCGUUGAUCUGCUUGGCUGGUGAUCGCAGCUGGACGCCCAAGCCAAAGAGGAGGUUCUUUUUUAUUAUUAUUAUUAUUAUUCGGGGCUGAAGCUCUGAAUAUAAUCGCGCAUAUGGAGCAGAAAUCCGAAAUCGCUCAAUUUCAAGGACGCGUGUUUAUUCCUCGGCGAAAUAUUUGUGUUGACAAAUUGGAUAACAACCCUUAAAGAUCGUCACUGUGGCGUGUUGGCAGUUAACACACGAGCUAAAACAAAAAAAAAAAAAGGACACGCCACAUGGCAUAUGAUGCGAUUAAUAAGUAGACGCUGGUUUGGGUUAUUUUGCGACGCAUGGCGCACGUUUUCAGCAGGGAUGUGAUCUGACAGAGAUCUCUGGUUUCACGCUCCGCCACAUCCUCACAAAGUCGCUCAUGAUGCCCAGGGCUUUGCGGAGACUGGUUCAUCUGGUGCUCUUCUGCCCUCUGUCUAAAGGUCUGCAGGUAGGCUAUGAUGUCUGAUGUCUGCCUUUGUUUCCAACAGGAUCCUCCUCGCCGUGUGCGUGAAUGUCAAACUGCCAGAACAGAAAAUCUGCGCCACGGCGAGAAUUCUCGUAACACGCAUCAAGAAUGUCGUGAGAGAUGAUAGUCGACUUCCAGCCAUCAAGGUGAAGUACCUUCUCCUGGCAUGGCUGGGCAUCCUCAUUGCCAGCUGGGUCAUCUACAUGCAGUACGCUUCUUACUCUGAACUGUGCCGCGGGCACGUCUGCCAUAUGGUCAUUUGUGAUCACUACAGAAGAGGCAUAAUAUCAGGCUCGUCCUGCAAGGCUCUGUGUGAUCAGAGAACUCUGACUCUACAGCGCUGUAUGUCCACCUCCUCCACUUAUCAGGUGUACAGUGGACUGUGGAAGGAGAGGCCUGUUGUAAUAAAAUGUGGUCUUGAGGAUCCAGUGAAGAUUGAAGGCGCUCCGGAUUCUGUACUGAGGCAGGAGAUGACUUUAUUCGACAAACCCACUCGUGGAACCUCUAUGGACGAAUUCAAAGAGAUGCUGCAUAGUUUUCUUAAGGCUAACCUUGGUGAGCAGCCGUCUUUGAGCACCUUGGUGGACAGGGUCAUCAUCAUGGCUGAUGUCAACCAGGAUGGCAAAGUGUCUCUGGCAGAGGCCAAGUCCAUCUGGGCUCUUCUCCAGAUAAAUGAGUUCCUCCUGAUGGUGGCGCUGCAGGAAAAAGAGCACACGGCCAAGCUGCUGGGCUUCUGUGGAGACUUGUAUGUGACCGAGCGUGUGGGCCACAGCUCCCUCUACAGGCUGGAGGUUCCUCAUUACCUGCAGCCUGUGGUCCCUGAGGCCUUGAGCUCCAGCCUGAACCACUGGCUGGCACCAUCCUGGCCCCGCAGGGCGCGCAUCACCAUCGGCCUGCUGGAGUUUGUGGAAGAGGUCUUCCACGGCUCCUACGGGAGUUUCCUCAUAUGUGACGCCAGCCAUCGUCAUGUGGGCUACAAUGCAAAGUAUGACUGCAAGAUGGCCAACCUGCGCAGUGUUGCCUCUGAGGCAGUCGUUAGGGGCUAUUUGCGGGGGCGGCGGUGUGAGACAAACGCGGACUGUACUUACGGCCAGGACUGUACGGCCACCUGUGACCGACUCGUGAAGCAGUGUAACACCGAGGUCGUGCAGCCCAAUCUUGCAAAGGUGUGUGUGCUUUUGCAGGAUUAUCUGCUGUUUGGAGCCCCCUCAGACCUCCGUGGAGAUCUAGAGAAGCAGCUACGUACCUGUGUGACACUUAGCGGUCUGGCAAGCCAGAUGGAGGUGCAUCACUCACUAGUCCUUAACAACCUAAAGACAUUACUGUGGAAGAAAAUUUCAAACACUCAGUACUCUUGAAAGAAAACAUGCUUUAUUGGAGAACGGUCUCUAUAAAUAUAUUUUUUUUCGUGUUAUAUUGACUGUGAAUAACAGGAAACUGUGAAACACUUAAAAUACAAUAUGAAGCAAGCAGCAGAUGAUGCAGACUCUCUCAUGAAGCCUCGUACAAGGCCCAUUAUGCUCUUGUUUUCAUGCAUUAUUUUAGAAGUUCAUUCAUCUGUUGAGACAUACUAUUCUCAGGGCAUUGCCUAUGACUUUACUUGUAAAAUAAAAUGUGAACUUAAUGAAGUAGUUUUGAAAAUACUUUCUUAGAAUACUCUCUAACAUGUCCCUCAUAUAGACAUAUGGCCAAAUUGGGACAUGGUGUGAAAGUUUUUGUACCACUGUAAAUAAUAGUUGAAUAUUGUUGUUCCCUGUGCAUUAAUGAAUGAGUCACAAUGCAAAGGAGAUAUAUAUAUAGGUAGAACUGACAUGCCAUGGCUAGUAUUGAUCCAGUAUUGAUCAUGUAUACAAAUCAAUCUUUCACAGAUUGGAGUUGUAUAGGACAAUCACACAUGAUUUAAAAUCUACAAACAUGUAAUCCAUGAAUAAACGUAAGUACGGUAAUCGA